AUGGAGGAUGAGGAAUUCGGCGAAAAAGUGCUUAAAUCUUUACAAGGCCUUAUUCCAUCCACAUCUCUGUCGUAUUACAGGGGAAAGACGUAUACACUGCAUGCAACUCGCAUGCAAGUCUCGAAGAACAUUUCGUGUAGCAGAGAAGACACGGUUAAACCUUCGGUUUCUGAAAAGGUUUACUUCAACUGCAGUUUCCACAUUUCAGACAUGCGGAUGGAUGCUAUUACGAGUCAACUUGGGAGGUACAAGCGAACGACUUCAAAUAUUGUACUCAAGGAUAUUGAUGGUUUAGUUGUUGUUUCUGCGUUGGACGAUAUUGUCAGAUCGGAACGGAUCCACCUUCAUAGUGCCAUUACUGACUAUGAGAUUGCCAACAUCAUGCCACAGAUACAUGAGGGCCUUGGUAUCUCUAUAUCUAUGCGGAAGCGGCUGUUUGAGCAUUCGUUAAAUUCUCACGAAUACAAGGAUCUUCAGUACUUGCAGUCAACUGUGUAUUUUGACUAG